AUGCCGUACAACAAUUACGGGCCUCUAUCUACAACCCAAUAUAGUCUAUCUAUGAGUCCAUACAUAGAAUUUCGUUUGUGCACAGUGCAGCACGAUCGAAAUCAGACUAUAUCCAUUACUAUGCGGUCAACAGAUACUAUAGCAGAUUUGAAAGAAAAAAUUACGAACCGUUUAAGCAUUCCUACGUCGCAGCAUUUUUCUUUGGAAGUAUUCGAUACAAACACUUUUAGAUGGAUCCCAAUCAAUGAUACAGUUUCUUUCUAUACUCUCAAUGGUUUGCACCUCUAUCAUGGUGAUAUAUUAAACAUAAAAUGGGCGAGACAACCGACAACAACGACUCUACGUUCCUUGUAUCCAUCAUCGUACACUGAAACCGAUUAUCUGACAUUUUAUCUGUGUAGAAAGCCUUUCGAUCAGUACGACUAUACAAUAUUGACUAUUUCUUCUGCAUCUACAAUUGGUAAACUUCGACGAAAAGCAUACGAAAAGUUGAAUCGACCACAUGAAUCUCAAUCUCUCUUUCUAUAUUAUCAUGAUACAUGGAUGAAAUUCGAAAGUGAUAUGGAUGACGGUGUAUUAGAAGAUUCUCCAUUCAGAUCACGCAUGUACAUAAGCGUUGAUCAUGACGAUGGUGGAAGUUAUCGGCGUAUAUUGACAAAGGGUUUGUGUGGCCUUGUCAAUCUAGCAAAUACAUGUUACAUGAACUCAGUAUUUCAAUGUUUAAGUAACAUACCUGAAUUUACAAAAAAAAUGCUUGAACUAACAGAUGAAAGCAAUGCCCCGAUUACUAAUUACUAUAAAAAAUUAUUAGAAAAGCUCUGGUCGGGACAAUAUCGAUCAUUUGAUCCGUCGUCGCUGGUCACAAAUCUCAAAGUAAAAUUGCCGCGUUAUGAUAACUAUCGUCAACAAGAUGCCCAAGAAUUCAUGAAUUAUUUUCUCAAUCUGAUGCAAGCUGAAUUAUCACCAAACAACACAUUGAUCACAGAUUAUUUCUAUGGCAAAAUACAAUCGAAAGUGACAUGCUUAGAAUGUAAAAAUGUCGAAAGCACAAAUGAACCCAUUAGUUUUUUGCCAAUAGCAGUGAGCAACUGUAAUCAAAAGAGCAUACUUUAUGUGAAAACGAAUGGUGAAUAUCAUACGGUUUCAGUGAAAAUCGAUGCGUCCAUUCGUACUAUUGCUGAUUUAAUUACUUGUUUUCUUCAGCAAUACGAACCAUCGUUGACACCAAAUCAUAUUCUAGCGGCUAAACUAGUCGAUAAUCGAUUCAUAACGCGGUAUAACGAUAUGAAAUACUUAAGUGACGUACAAGAAGAAGAAAUAGCCCUUUUACAAUGUCCAGGCAAGACAAAGGACCAAAAACUAAUUCUCUGUGAAUUUGUCGAAAGAUCUAGUGAAAAACAAUUCCGUCCACCUACUGUCUUGGUUGUUCCUACGUUAAAUUGUAAUUAUCACGAUAUAUCCGAUCAAUUGGAUGAUCUCCUUGGCCAUCUUUGUUCAAUAACUGAUGCAUUACCUUCUACUUGUCAGCUAUCUUGGCUUGAUUGGAACGAACAGUAUUAUAUAUUGGACGAUAGAAGUCGUCGGUUGGACUUAAAAUCAGUUCGCAUAGGAAUGCCUGUUGGUGAUGUUGAACUUUACAGAGUGCACAACCAUAUCCAUAAUUCAGCGGAUCAAUCGGCAUUAAAAAGUCUAAUUGCUGAUUUUUUCCGUGAAGAACCUCUCGAUAGUGCUUAUCAUUGUCAUAAAUGUUCCCAGUCAACCAAAGCUAGACAAAAAUCCAGUUUAUAUCUGCCAUUACCCCAAGUAUUAAUUAUCCAAUUAAAACGAUUUACCUUCGAUGCGAAUUCCAGUGAGAAAAUCGAUACGUUCAUUUCUUUUCCUCUGAAUGAACUGGAUCUUAGUGAAUAUACGGUAGAAGAUAAUAAUAGUAAAGAAAAAACGAAUUCAACAGCAAAAUAUAAUCUUGUUGCUGUUUGUAAUCAUAUUGGCAGUCUCAUGGCAGGACAUUACACAACAUAUGCUAAAAACCAAGGUGAUAAUCAAUGGUAUUUGUUCAAUGAUACCAAUGUUACAAAAGUGAAUAAUGAAAAAGAGAUUGUUACCAAAAAUGCUUAUAUAUUGGUAUAUGUGCGUGCGAAUUAG